UUUAGGUUGCUUCCACCUUUUGUGUAUUAUGAAUAGUGCUGCAAUGGGCAUGGGUGUGCAGAUACCUCUUCAAGAUUUAACUGCUUUUUACACGUGAUGGCAACCUUGACUCACAGAAUAAAGUGACUGCCUGAAGCAGGGUUUCUCAACAAAAGUGAUACUGGCAUUCUGGGCCUGAUAAUUCUUUGCUGUGGUUAAGUGUUCUGUGCAUUGCAGGAUUUUCCGCAGCACGGCUGGCCUCUACCCACAAGACGCCAACAGCACCCCACCCCCCAACAAAACGUAUUCAUACAUUACCAAAUAUGGGGUACGGAUGGGGCGCAAAAUCGCCGCUCCAAAGAAACACUCGGGGUCAGUAUAGCCGGGAUCCUGGCUGGGGCCGCCCAAGAGAUGAGACAGAGCCACCAUGGGGACAACAGCCCCAGGGCCUAUUCACCUGCUGGAGCUGUGUGACCAGAAGCUCAAGGAGUUUAUCUGCAAUGUGGACAAUAAGGACUUCGUGUGGCUCGAGGAGAUUGAGAAAGAGGCCGAUCGCAUGUUCACCAGAGAGUUCAGCAAAGAGCCUGAGCUGAUGCCCAAAACGCCUUCUCAGAAGAACCGGCAGAAGAAGAGACGGAUUUCUUAUGCUCAGGAUGAAAACAGAGACCCAAUCCGGAAAAGGUUGUCCCGCAGAAAGACUCGGAGCAGCCAGCUGAGCUCCCGGCAUCUGCGCAGCAAGGACAAGGCGGAGCAGCUGGCCACAGCGACAGGGGAGAAGGGCUCUGUCCCGCGGCGGGUGACCCGAGCUGCAGCCGCAGCUGCAGCAGCCAACAUGGGUGCUGCUUUGCCCACCCCGGAGUCUCCCACCACACUGACCAGAAAGCCCAAAAAUAGCGACACCCAGUGCCAACUGGUGCCCACGGUAGAGAUAGGCGUUGGCGAGCGCCGCAGUGCCGAGCAGCACCUCAGCCAGCUCAAGUCUGCCCGGGCUCCGUCCCCAGCUCCCGCUCCAGCCAGAGCCCCGGCCUCCCAGACCACCUUGGUAUCGGACAAGGAAUCAACACCCAAGAAGUCAGAGGCCGGGAGACUGGAGUCUGUCACCGUGAGCUCCCUGAUGGCUACACCCCAGGACCCCAAGGGCCGAGGGGUCGGAGCAGGCCGGUCCGCCUCCAAGCUCCGGAUUGCGCAGACCUCCCCAGGCCCGCAGGACUCACCUGGCUCUCCAGCCUCCCCCUGGCGGGAGCGGGUGCUGGCUCCCAUCCUGCCGGAUAACUUCUCAACGCCUAGGGGCUCCCAUGGGGACCCACAGUCAGUGCGGCGCAGCCUGAUCCGCCCAACCUCCCCAGGUCCCCAGGUUUCUCUGGCCCAGAAGUAUUCCCUGGUGACCAAACCGGAGAGCACCGUCCGCAGGUCAAGCAGAAGGAUUGCCAAGAAGGCCACCAAAGAGCCGCCCCCCUCCGCCCGCAUCAUUUGUCACAGUUACCUGGAGAGGCUCCUGAAUAUUGAGGUGCCCCAGAAAGUCAGCCCGAAGCAGAAGGAGCCCAGCGAGGAGGCUGAGCUUGUGGAGGCAGCUGAGCCGGAGGUCCCCAAGAACGACACGAGUACCUUGUGGCCCCACAGUGCCACCAAGAUCGCCGUUAGCACGCCCGGCCCGCACCCUGAGGCUCGUGGCCAGGAAACGCCCUCUGAAGGGCAGCAGGAGGUCAAGACCAACCAAGCAGAUGGCCCCAAGGAGCCGCCCCAGAGUGUCAGGAGGAAGCGCAGCUACAAGCAGGCUGUGAGUGAGCUGGAUGAGGAGCAGCAGCUGGAGGACGAGGAGCUGCAGCCCCCCAGGAGCAAGACCCCUUCCCCUCCCUGUCCAGCCAGCAAGGUGGUACGGCCCCUCCGGACCUUCAUGCAUACCGUGCAGAGGAACCAGAUGCUCAUGACCCCGACCUCAGCCUCCCACAGCAGCGUCAUGAAAUCCUUCAUUAAGCGCAACACUCCCCUGCGCGUGGAUCCCAAGUUCAGCUUCGUUGAGAAGGAGCGGCAGCGCCUGGAGAGCCUGAGGCGGAAGGAGGAGGCGGAGCAGCUCCGCAGGCAGAAGGUGGAGGAGGACAAGCGGCGGCGGCUGGAGGAGGUGAAGCUGAAGCGCGAGGAGCGCCUCCGGAAGGUGCUGCUGGCUCGGGAGCGGGUGCAGCAGAUGAAGGAGGAGAAGAAAAAGCAGAUCGAGCAGAAGUUUGCUCAGCUGGAUGAGAAGACAGAGAAGGCCAAGGAGGAGCGAUUGGCUGAGGAGAAGGCCAAGAAAAAGGCAGCAGCCAAGAAGAUGGAGGAGGCGGAGGUGCGCAGAAAGCAGGAGGAGGAGGCGCGGAGGCUCAGGUGGCUGCAGCAGGUGCGGAUGCAGGUGGACAGAGUGGAGCUUCAGGAGAGGGAGAAAGCCCUGCGGCUCCAGAAGGAGAAGCUGCAGAGGGAACUGGAGGAAAAGAAGAAAAAGGAAGAGCAGCAGCGCCUGGCUGAGCAGCAGCAGCUGCAGGAGGAAAAGAAGAAAGCCAAGGAGGCUGCAGCAGCCAGCAAAGGCCUGAACAUGACCAUGGAUGUGCAGUCUCCAGCUUGUACCUCCUAUCAGAUGACUCCACAAGGGCACAGGGCACCCCCCAAGAUUAACCCGGAUAACUAUGGGAUGGAUCUGAAUAGCGAUGACUCCACGGACGAUGAGACCCAUCCCCGGAAGCCCAUCCCUGCCUGGGCCAGAGGCACCCAGCUCAGCCAGGCCAUCAUCCACCAGUACUACCACCCGCCGAACCUUCUCGAGCUCUUUGGAACCAUUCUCCAGCUGGACUUGGAGGACAUCUUCAAGAAGAGCAAGCCUCGUUACCACAAGCGCACCAGCUCUGCCGUUUGGAACUCGCCGCCCCUGCAGGGCAGCAGGGUCACCGGCAGCCUGGCCUACAGCCUGAAGAAGUACUGAGGCCGGCCUGCGGGCCCUGUUGGCAGUCUCAGCCCCAGCCCUAGUUUGUCUGUCUGCCUGCCUUGUCUGUCCAUCUCUCUGUUGAUCUGGUGCCCUCCUGCCUGGUGUUCUGUCACUGAGGGUUUGGUCACGUGUAUAUAAACGUUCUCUGUGUGCUGCAGAUGGAAAGUGGCCCAGGCCUGUUUGGAGGCUGCGCUGGGGUGUUCGGGGAAGUGCCAGGCCCAGCCCCGCCUGGCCCACAGGCAGCACUGUGUACAUAGAUUGGUAUUAUAUAAUUCAGCUGAAUUUUAGCCGCUAGUGUUUGAGAGCUAGAUUAAUAAAGUCUGUUCCUUCAA